AUGCUGCGGAUCCUGCUCCUGGCCACCUUCGUCCUCUGCGGACACUGCUCGGAGCAGCUGCCGGACGGGGCGCAGCGCGUGGUCGGCGGCACCGAAGCGAGCUCGCAUGCGUGGCCGUCGCAGAUCUCGCUGCAAUACUCCUCCGGCGGCAGCUGGUACCACACCUGCGGCGGCUCCCUCAUCCGCCAGCACUGGGUGCUGACGGCCGCCCACUGCGUCGACAGUAACCUGAACUUCCGCGUGGUGGCCGGCGAUCACAACAUCUACCAGAGUGAGGGCACCGAGCAGGUCUUCAGCGUCAGCCAGAUCGUCAUCCAUCCCUUCUGGAACAGGAACAAUGUGGCUGCAGGCUAUGACAUCGCGCUGCUCCGGCUCUCCGGCCAGGCCAGCCUCAACAGCUAYGUGAAGCUGGCGGUGCUGCCCCAGGAGGGGACCAUCCUGGCCAACAACUACCCCUGCUACAUCUCCGGCUGGGGCCGGACCCAGACCAACGGGGCCCUCUCGAGCGUCCUGCUGCAGGCCUACCUGCCCGUCGUGAGCUACCAGACCUGCUCCAGCUCCAGCUACUGGGGCUCCACGGUGAAGAACACCAUGGUGUGCGCCGGCGGCGACGGCGUGCGCGCCGGCUGCCAGGGCGACUCGGGCGGCCCCCUGCACUGCGCCGUCAACGGCGUCUACCAGGUCCACGGCGUCACCAGCUUCGUCUCCAGCGCGGGCUGCAACGUGCGCAACAAACCCACCGUGUUCACCCGCGUCUCCGCUUACAUCUCCUGGAUAAACAGCGUCAUUGCAAACUGA